AUGGAAAUUCAAGAAAUGGUGAUGGAAGUCUUGGCGCGACUACCAUUGAAGAGCAUCGCAAGAUUCAGAUCAACGAGCAAAGGAUGGAAAGAUUUGAUCGAUUCAGACAUCUUCAGAGAUUACUUCAUCUCUCGCAACUCAUCUUCUUCAAUCUCGUGGUCAAUCAUUCAGACGACGCAACCUCACAAUCUGACACUUGAAAUCAUUGGUCAUCAUGGAUGCAAAACAUGGGGACUUACUCGUUCUCCGGGAUCUUUAAUGAGUUUUUUCGUCGAGAGAGCAAUCAAGAAGCUACAAGUCUUAGCUUGCACCGAUGGAUUGGUCUUGCUUUACGCAGAAGCUACCGAUGGAACUCCUAUGUAUUACGUUGGAAACCCUCUGUUUCAAGAAUGGUUUCAAAUCCCUCUGCCUCCUUUCCUCUCUUUGCAAGAUCUUGAGAUAUUACGGACCUACGAUCGUUUGAACGACAGUGGAUUGGUUACGAAGAUGCAGAGUGGUAUCGUUGUGAGUUACAAGGUUGUGUGGUUGAUUCGCACGAAACUAGAAUUGUUCGUUCCUACUAAAGAUAAAGUCGAUUUAGUAAUAUACUCAUCUGAUACAGGGACGUGGGAAACUCGACAUGUGACUUGUCUUAAUACUUUAUUCUGGUUUAUGAAGCACAAGUCAAUUGCUUUGAAUGGGAUUGUUCACUGGAUUUACGGCUUCACCAGUAACUUUGUAGCUCACGAUUUCUAUGGUGGUCAUCAUGAUGAUAGAUGGUCUGGUUUCGUAAAUUUCCCAGAUAGAGGAGUUGAGGAGUUAUCACGUUUUAGGAGAACCAUCACAACCUCGGAAGGGUCUAUAGUGUAUUUCAACGAGUUCACUGAGAAUGGAAACCGCACACUACGGGUUUGGAGGCUGGUCAAGUACAUUUCUGGUCCUGAGGCGUGGGAGCUCUCUUGGGAUGUCAGCUUGGAGCCUUUGAUUGAGUUAGGUACAGAUUAUUUUCCUGUGGUGAUGCAUCCUUUGAACUCUGAGGUCAUAUACUUGUGGAGCACGAACGAAGAAAUGCUGAUCUUGUAUAAUUUGAGGACACAUGAGUUUAGGCUUCACGAGGAAACUGCAGACGAUAGCAACAAGUGUAUGGAUGAUUGCAUCUUGAGUUUUAACGGGUGCAGUGAGUAUAUGCAGAUGCACAAUAUGGCAGCAUUACCAAAUGGUAUUACCGAACUCCUCUUUUCCCAGUAUGUUUUGCCUCGUUGGAUGCAACGUCUCCCUCGUCCCCAGCCUAAUUAGUGUCUUC